GGAGAAUAUGCUUUUAGCGCUAUGAGCGUUCUCUAUUCUUGUUCAACUUUCAGUAAAUAACAUAAAUAGAAUGAUGCUUUUAGCGCGUAAGCGUGUUUCCCGAACGCAAUCACAGUGAUGUAUUUACAGCUGUUGACAGCUGUGUAUAAGUGUAUACAGAGUUCGCAUCGAUACUCGUUUGAUUACACCAAUCGACGAUAAACAUCAAAAGUAUUUAAAUACAACAAUUAAUCCUUCUUUGUUGACUUGUCACGUUAUUUUCGAAUAGAUCGAAUGAGAAUAUUUAGAUUCGCACGGAGCGAGGAAAAAUGGAUGAUGAGAAUGCAAGUUGUGCAUACGACAGCGAUAAAGAUACACAAGUGUCAUUGUUGGAUCUCCCGGUCGAGAUAUUCCUGCAUAUAUGUUCCUUCUUAAAAGCGUCAACAUUAGUGCACAGUUUGAGCCUAGUAUGUAGACAGUUCUAUCUGAUUUUAAAAGAUGAUUCAUUAUGGAAAGCGCGAAUUAAUCAUAUAUGGCCGGAUACUAGCUACCCCCUUUUGCGUCCUGCAAAGCCUGACAAACUAUUUUGGAAAUUAUCAUGUGUUGCGAUUGAAAAACAAAGAGCACUAUGGAGACAGAAGGAAUGCUCUAUGCAGAAAAUAGCUUCACGUCCACAGGGUAGCACAGUAGAUGCUCUAUUACUGAUGCAUGACGGCACCGCUUAUAUUGCUGGUGCGAGAGAUCGCAGUCUGAUUUAUGUGAAGUAUGGACCCCCAGCUCACAGUACCUGUAACAUAAGAUCUGCGCAUAAUGGAUGGAUUUGGGAUCUGACAACAAUAGAUAACACUAUCUACAGUUGUAGUUGGGAUCAGAGCGUUAAAUCAUGGAUGCUUACUAAUAUUGGUCUUGUGCAACAGAAAACUUACAAAAUGAGUGUGUCGGGUGCACUGCUGUGUGUGUCGUCGUGUCCAGAACAGAGUCUUUUCGCGACCGGUUCAUAUAUGAGAACCGUAUUCGUCUUCGAUUCGAGAUCGGGAGAAAAGCCGAUCAGACAAUAUCGAUCGCAUGGAGGAGCUGUUAUUAAACUGGCAAUGAAUUCCGAAUACAUCUUAUCUGCUAGCGAGGAUAAGACGGUGUCUAUUUGGGAUCAAAGAGCUGGACGAACCAUGAAAUAUAUCACAAUUCCAGGCGAAGCGUUUCCCAUGUGCAUAAACAUGCAACAAGAUUGUGUUUGUAUCGGGGACAGCAUCGCCAAACUGCAUGUAUUAAAUCCGAAAAACGACUUUGAACUAGUAAAAUCUUACUCUACUGAACAUACAAAAGGGAUAACGGGGGUGCAUUUGACGCGCGGAAAUCUGAUAACGAGUUCCACAGACGGCACUGUUAGAAUUUCGAGUCCUACGGAUCCACCGAAAUCCAUGGCUACUUUAUGUUCACCUUUUGGAGCAAUUGCAAGAAUGGAUUACCAAAACGGUAUUCUCGCAAUAUCUGGCAGCGAAAUCGUAGUAUAUCGGCCGAUGUGUUCAAUAAAGGAUUAAAAAAUUAAAUAAAAAGGCUCUAAUAUAAGAUAAUAUGAAUAAUAUAGAAACAGGCGAAUAAGAGCCAGACGCAGAAAUAAACGCGCAGAGAGAGGUAUUAUCUAAUUGUAGAAAUAAUUUAAUCAAGUAGAUUCGAUUUGAACGUUUCGGUCUCAGUUCAGACCAUCUUCAGCAACUAAUACAGAGAAAAAAAAGGAAACAAAAAUUAUGCAACAAUUGACAUGAGUACAGUCAAUUAACACAAAUAAACAUAAGAUGUCGAAGUAAAUACGCACAUGAUAAAAAUGGAUAGAGAUGUACUCUCAAAACUCAACUGCCCUCAUGACCCUCAGAGGAGGAUAUACAUGGCGAGUCUCCCAUCGGCUCCGGCCGUUGUGAGAACAAGAAACAUCGACGAAUCGGUCGUACUGUUGAUUACGACAUCGAGUUAAUGAAAAUUUUUUUAAAAAACACGCAGAAAAGCCGGAAAGUUAAAAAACUUCCAGCAAGCUGUGAGAUGAAAGAGAGACUCAUCGAAACCUUCGAAAAGACAAAA